AAUGGCCCUGGGUGCCAGUGCUUCAGCCGUGGGGCUGAGCGCUUAAAAGUUUCUGGGGGGGCGGGAAGGCCAGGGGGAGAGGUUUCCCCUGUCCCAAGCAGAUCUGGAUGGGGGGGCCCUUGUCACCAUGGAGGGGGUGCUGUACAAGUGGACCAACUAUCUGAGCGGCUGGCAGCCUCGAUGGUUCAUUCUCGCAGGAGGUGUGCUAUCCUACUACGAUUCACGGGAAGAUGCUUGGAAAGGCUGUAAGGGGAGCAUCCAGAUGGCAGUAUGUGAAAUUCAAGUUCAUUCUGCAGACAAUACGCGGGUAGAUUUGAUCAUCCCUGGAGAACAGUACUUCUAUCUGAAAGCCAGAAAUGCGGCGGAGAGGCAAAAGUGGCUGAUUGCUCUAGGAACUGCCAAGGCCUGUUUGACGGACGUCCGGACACAGAAAGAAAAAGAGUUUACAGAAAACACGGACACUUUGAAAACAAAAAUGGCAGAACUCCGGCUGUAUUGUGACCUCCUUGUUGAGCAAGUGGCUAAAACGAAGGAAGUCGGCGUGUCUGGUGUUUCAGCAGCUCAGAAUGGAAUUGAUAUGGGAGCGCUGUUGAAAUCCACCUGCACUACCUUUCUGAAGACGCUUGAAGAUUGUAUGCACAUUGCAAACGCAGCCUUCUCUCCGGAGAUGCUUCCGUCUGGAUCUCCCGGCGUUUCCAAACCGAACAAGCUAAUACCUUCCAUCUUAUUUAGCCGCGAUAUAUCAGAAAGGAAGAUGGAAUUAAAAAACUGUGAAAAUGGAUCUCUGUAUGCAAACACCAACCUUCAUGAGCGAUCCCUGAUUGAUAAACUGACCCCUGACCCCCUGAAAACUGAUAAGAUGGACUGCACAAACACGAUCAAGCAUGAUUUGGCAGGUGGUGGCAAGGACGAUGGAGAGGACAAGCUGCUGCCAAAAGAGGACAAUCAAGUCGACAAAUCUUUAAAGCCUGUAGUGGAAUCAGCGAAGAGAUCAACAGCAUUGCAAUCGGAAGAGAAAUCAGACAAAGUGUUACCUACUUUUUUCAGCGCUAUGAGCAUUAGGUUUAGUGAUAUCAAGCUUUUUGAGGACGGAGGUAUACCCACAGAAGAAUUUCUACAAUCUUGUAAUGAAAUAGUUCCUGUCUUGGACAAACUUGGGCCCACAGUCUUUGCUCCCGUUAAAAUGGAUUUUGAAGGGAACAUCAAGAAAGUAAAUCAGAAAUACAUAACCAACAAAGAUGAGUUCACCACUCUUCAGAAAAUUGUCCUACACGAACUGAGCUCUGAAGAGGCAGCACUUAGAAACUCUGCCACGCAGGCCCUCCUCUGGCUGAAAAGGGGUUUAAAAUUUCUGAAGGAGUUUUUGAAAGAGCUAAAGAAUGGCGAGAAGAAUAUUCAAGCAGCAUUGAAUAAUGCUUAUGGCAAAACGUUACGGCAAUACCACGGCUGGGUUGUCCGAGGGGUUUUUGCGCUCGCGCUCAGGGCAUCUCCGACCUACGGAGACUUUGUGGCUGCGCUCUCUAUCGGAGAAUGCGAGAACCAGGAAGAAGCUUUUUACAACGGAAUGCAAAGGGACCUCGACAUGUACCUACCAGCCAUGGAGAAUCAGCUCUGCAUCUUGGACGCACUGUAUGACGAACACGGGCUGGAGUCGGACGAAGUGGUGUGAUCGCCAGCCCCACGCAGUGCCUCGCAAAUUCAGGGAUUGUGUCCGCUAACAUAGCUUUUUAUCCCCAGAAAGCUAUUCUGUUUCUUUGUGUUUUUCCAUGCUUGGGAAGGGACUCGGCGCUUCCUUUUUUAUACACUUUUAUUACUAUU